CAGGAAGGCCAAUAGGAAGCAUGCCAGCUGCUGUGAACUGUGAAUAAAGAAACAAAAUGCUGCAUAGCAUACACUACAUCUCUUCUCCGAUAAUGGCAUCCACUCUGGGAUCUUCUUCAAUUGCCGUUCUUCCUUCACGUUACCUCUAUUCCCCUUCAUCCAAACCUUCCAUUCACACUCUUUCUCUAACCUCAGGGCAGAGCUGUGGGAGGAAGUUUUAUGGUGGAAUUGGAAUUCAUGGAAUAAAGGGAAGGUCUCACUUCUCAGUUGCCAGUGUUGCCACUGAAGUAAACUCUGUAGAACAGAAUAUUGCUUCUAAAGGAAGCCAGAGGCCAGUAUACCCUUUUCCUGCUAUAGUUGGACAGGAUGAGAUGAAGCUUUGCCUUCUCCUUAAUGUUAUUGAUCCUAAGAUUGGAGGUGUAAUGAUCAUGGGGGAUAGGGGAACAGGGAAAUCUACAACAGUUAGGUCAUUGGUUGAUUUACUUCCUGAAAUCAAGGUUGUUGCUGGUGACCCAUAUAACUCAGACCCGGAAGAUCCAGAAUACAUGGGUGUUGAAGUGAGAGAGCGUGUGGUAAAAGGGGAGCAACUUGAGGUUGUCUUGAGCAAAAUUAACAUGGUUGAUUUGCCAUUGGGAGCUACAGAAGAUAGAGUAUGUGGGACAAUUGACAUUGAAAAAGCUCUGACUGAGGGUGUCAAGGCAUUUGAGCCUGGGCUGCUGGCUAAAGCUAAUAGGGGAAUCCUCUAUGUUGAUGAAGUUAAUCUUUUGGAUGAUCACUUGGUAGAUGUCUUGUUGGAUUCUGCUGCAUCAGGUUGGAACACAGUGGAAAGAGAGGGUAUCUCUAUCUCACAUCCUGCUCGGUUUAUCCUAAUUGGCUCAGGCAACCCUGAAGAAGGGGAGCUCAGGCCACAGCUGCUGGAUAGGUUUGGAAUGCAUGCUCAAGUGGGGACUGUUAGAGAUGCUGAGCUCAGAGUGAAGAUUGUGGAGGAGAGAGCUCGGUUUGACCAAAACCCGAAGGAAUUCCGAGAUUCUUACAAAGGUGAGCAGGAGAAGCUCCAGGAACAAAUUUCCUCAGCAAGGAGUUGUCUUUCUUCUGUUCAAAUUGAUCAAGAUCUCAAGGUGAAAAUCUCCAAGGUUUGUUCAGAGUUGAAUGUGGAUGGAUUAAGAGGAGACAUUGUAACAAACAGAGCUGCGAAAGCUCUGGCUGCUCUUAAGGGAAGAGACAAAGUAAGUGCAGAGGAUAUUGCUACUGUCAUCCCAAACUGCUUGAGACACCGUCUUCGAAAGGAUCCCUUGGAAUCAAUAGACUCAGGUUUACUUGUCACUGAGAAAUUUUAUGAGGUAUUCAGCUGAGGGUGAAUGAUAUAGCACGGUUUGUCUGCUGUGGUAUUUGCUGAGCGUAUUACUACUUCGUUAUUUACAGUUUAACCUUUGGGGAUUUUAUUGUCCUUAAAACAUUAGUAAGAUUCAUAAAUUCCUUUUACACAUGGGAAAUUCCAAGCCUUUUAGGUGCAAGAGUCUUUCUCUAUUUUCUUCUGUAUUUGCAGCCUACUAGAGGUACUUCUGGUAAGUUUAUGUGCCGUACGGAUGAGGAUUU